UAGGAUACAAAUACAUACACACAGUACAAGGAGAAAAAUCCAAACUUUCAAUUUCUCUCUCUCUCUCUCUCCAUUUCUCUCGCAUUACUCUCACUCAUCAAUUUUAAUCGAUCUGGAGAAAAUGGCGAACAAGCAAUUGUCUUUGCACGUUGUGACUGUAUUGGUGUUGUUGUUGUCAUGUUUUGUUAACUACAGUGUCUCUAAACAGAUCAAAACCUAUAAGCUCACCAGAGGAAAGUUGUCUGUUACAUUCACUAACUAUGGUGCUGUUAUGAUCUCUCUUCUUCUCCCAGACAGACAUGGAAAGCAAGAUGAUGUUGUUCUUGGAUUUGAUACUGUUGAUGCUUACAAGAAUGAUACAACUUAUUUUGGGGCAAUUGUGGGAAGAGUGGCUAAUAGAAUUGGAGGUGCUAAGUUCGAAUUAAAUGGUCAAUUGUACAAGACCGAUCCCAACGAAGGCCAUAACACCCUUCAUGGUGGUACAAAGGGAUUCGGCGAUGUGAUUUGGUCAGUCGAAAACUACGUUCCCACAAGUCACAUCACUUUCAUAUACCACAGUUUCGACGGUGAAGAGGGUUUCCCCGGGAAUGUGACGGUGAAAGUGACGUACAUGUUGAUCGGAGAAAACAAACUAGCUUUGAAAAUGGAAGCAAAGCCACUCAACAAACCCACACCGAUCAACUUAGCCCUCCACACAUACUGGAACCUCCACGGCCACAACUCCGGCGACAUCCUCUCCCACAAAAUCCAGCUUCUCGCCAAAAAAAUAACUCCGGUCGACGAAGAACUCAUCCCCACCGGCGAAAUCACCUCAAUCAAAGGAACUCCUUACGACUUCCUCGAGCCCCGCGAGAUCGGAAGCCGGAUCCAAGAAUUACCCGGCGGGUACGACAUCAACUACGUCAUCGACGGGAUUGUGGGGAAGCAUCUUAGGAAAACCGCUGUCGUGUCGGAGAAAGUGACCGGGAGGAAGAUGGAGCUGUGGACGAACCAGCCAGGUGUUCAGUUCUACACGAGUAAUCUGCUGACAAGUGUUGUCGGGAAAGGGAACGCGGUUUAUAAGAAGUACGCAGGGUUGUGUCUGGAAACGCAAGGGUUCCCCGAUUCCGUGAACCACAAGAAUUUCCCGUCGCAGAUUGUGAACCCUGGAGAGAGCUACUUGCAUGUUAUGCUCUUUAGGUUCACUGCUCAUUGAUUCCUUUUGUUUUUGUAUAUUGCUUUCACAAGGUCGGCUUGGUUUGGGUUUUACGGUUUAUUGUUCCCGAUGAGUAAUAAUUUGAAUGUUAAGUAUCA